UUUCUUCUUACAGACAUCUUUCUGCGAUGCUUCUCACAGAACCCUAAGAAAUAAAGAGAAAGAGAAGGUGAGAAGAAGCUCUGAAUCUGAUUGUUCAUGGCAACAGAAUCGGACAUCUGAAGAAGCAGAUAGAGCGACUCUGGUUUUUAGUGGAUGGUCUCAUGGGUGCCGCCGGUUCCAAGCUCGAGAAAGCUCUUGGUGACCAGUUUCCCGAAGGCGAGAGGUAUUUCGGGCUAGAGAAUUUCGGCAACACUUGCUAUUGUAAUAGCGUUUUGCAGGCCCUUUAUUUCUGUGUUCCCUUCCGUGAACAAUUAUUGGAGUACUAUGCAAAUGGCAAAAGCCAGGGAGAUGCAGAAGAGAAUCUCUUGACGUGCUUGGCAGAUUUAUUCACUCAGAUAAGUUCUCAGAAGAAGAAAACCGGUGUCAUUGCUCCAAAGCGUUUUGUCCAGAGAGUGAAGAAACAGAAUGAACUUUUCCGCAGCUACAUGCAUCAGGAUGCCCAUGAAUUUUUGAACUUCUUGCUAAAUGAGCUUGUUGACAUACUGGAGAAAGAGUCCCAAGCUACAAAAAGCUCUUCGGAGACUUCAUCACCAUCAGAAAAGAUUGCAAACGGUCCAAAGAAUGCUCAAGCCAAUGGUGCACAAAAGGAGCCAUUGGUUACCUGGGUUCAUAAAAAUUUUCAGGGUAUUCUGACCAAUGAGACAAAGUGCUUAAGAUGUGAGACAGUCACAGCAAGGGAUGAAACAUUUUUAGACUUGAGCCUUGAUAUCGAACAGAACAGCUCAAUCACAAGCUGUCUCAAAAAUUUCAGUUCUACCGAAACGUUGAACGCGGAAGAUAAGUUCUUCUGUGACAAGUGCUGCAGUUUGCAGGAAGCUCAGAAGAGGAUGAAGAUCAAAAAGCCACCUCACAUCCUGGUUAUCCAUCUGAAGCGCUUCAAGUACAUUGAGCAACUUGGCCGGUACAAAAAGCUAUCUUACCGUGUUGUGUUCCCGUUGGAACUGAAGCUCAGCAACACAGUAGAAGAUGCAGACCUUGAGUAUUCACUCUUUGCGGUGGUUGUCCAUGUUGGUAGUGGGCCCAACCAUGGACAUUACGUUAGCCUAGUGAAGAGUCACAACCACUGGUUGUUCUUUGAUGAUGAGAAUGUGGAGAUGAUAGAUGAAUCUGCUGUACAGACAUUCUUUGGGUCUGCGCAGGAAUAUUCUAGCAACACAGAUCAUGGAUACAUACUGUUCUACGAGAGCCUCGCUACCAAUAAUAACAAGAGUUAGGAAGGGGCUUCAAAUAAUUGGUGAGAUUUUUUUCAGUUAAGGAGAUGGUGGGUAUUUGCUUCCUUUGUUAGCUCCUUUUCUUGUUUUCACUGUUCCUUUUUUUCCUCUUUCAUAUUUAACUUGUGGGAGAGCUCUCGAAUAUCAUUGAGAUGAGAAAUGAUAUAAUGAAGUGAUUGCUGUGUACAGUGGAUGGUGGAAACACACAGUCCUUUGGUGUGUUCAUCAAUAAGACAAAAGAAUGUAAAUGAUGAAGAGAGUUUCAGAGACACUUGUAUUUUUUCACUGUCGAGAAUAUUUGUUUUAUAGUUUUUUUUGUUUUUGGUAAACAAUAUUUGUUUUAUAGUUGAAAUGCAAUACAAUUGCACCCAA